AUGAACGCCUGGCCGGACUCCCCCCCCUCGCCGCGAAUGCAGAUAAAGGGCGUUGAGAAGUGCGAGGACGUCGACACCUUCAACGGGACGGAGGUUGCCGCGAUCCACUGCUACGUCAAGAUAUUCGAUCGCGAGCCGCCGCUCAGCAGACAAUGCAAGCCUGCGCCACAUGAGUAUAUAAAGCGACGGCGAAGUCGACCAACGUGUAGUCAAGCAAGCCCCAUGUCCUCCCCUUCUCCCUCGGUCAGCGCCCUCUCCCAGAAUGUCUUUGCCAUCCGCUCUGGGAGGGACCCCGACAAUGGAUAUCUGGUCUUCUAUGUGGCGGAUUACCGACUAGGCUCUCAUCGAGAGGUCGUAACUAUUGACGACGACCGGCUCAUGAGACCUGGACGCCUCGUCUUUCUACCUGUUCCUGGCGGUCGUUAUGCUUUCUUCUGCUGUGGGCUUGGCGAGGUGCGAGGAAGGUCGAUCGGCUUGUGGAACGUUCGGAUCGUUGUCCAAGAGCCUACGUUGACCAUUUACUGGCUCGAUGAAGUGGCGGACAGGGUAUGCUUGGUGACCAUGUACGAUGACGAGAGUUUCCGUACGCUUGUGCGCCACUGCUUCGGAGGGAGUGGCGACGGCGCUAUCUCGCAGGACGUUCGCCAACAGGGUGCUGCUAGCUCGCAGGGUGCUGUUAGCUCGCAGAGCACCGAGCUGUCCUGGCGCCGCGCCUGUGGCCUCAUCGCUUUAUACCUCGUUGCUCUUUAUCUCGCCUACAAAUUUACGGCUGCUUUUAUCUCGGUCACGACUUACAUGUAG